GUGACAGUAACGCCCAAACCCCUCUCUCUCUCUUCGUUACUAUCGCCCAACGGCGUUCGACACUGCUUCGUCGGUGGUCGGAUGGGUUCGUCGCCGGCGUCGGGGCAUGGAUGCGACUACUCCUUCAAGGUUCUUUUGAUUGGGGACUCCGGGGUGGGGAAGAGCAGCCUCCUCGUCUCAUUCAUCUCCAACCACCUUGGGGAAGAUCUCUCUCCUACCGUCGGAGUGGAUUUUAAGAUCAAGCAUCUUAAUGUUAGUGGGAAAAAGUUGAAGCUCACAAUAUGGGACACUGCUGGACAGGAGAGGUUCAGGACCCUAACUAGCUCUUAUUUCAGAGGAUCUCAAGGAAUAAUUCUCGUUUAUGAUGUGACAAAGAGGGAGACGUUUAAUAAUCUUGCUGAUGUAUGGGUCAAAGAAGUAGAAACGUACUCGACAAACCACAACUGUGUCAAAAUACUCGUUGGGAAUAAAGUAGACAAGGAUGCUGAUAGAUCGGUAACAACAGAAGAGGGGAUCGCCUUUGCAGAUGAGUAUGGUUGUUUGUUCUUUGAAUGCAGUGCAAAAACAAGAAACAACGUGGAGAGAUGUUUUAAAGAAUUGGCAUUGAAGAUUCUGGGAGUUCCAGAACUGCUGGAAGAAGGAUCUGCACCAGUUAAAAGGAAUAUUCUGAAACAGAAACAGGGACAACAGGGCCAAUCAGGUGGAUGUUGCUCAUGAUUUUUUAUACCUGAAGCACUGCUUAGAGAAGGAAGUGAAGUCUAAAUGGAUCGUCUGUCUCCUGCACAAAUGUGGUUUAAGAUUGUCAAUGUGUUGUAUCAGUUAACUCUGUGUGAUCUUGAUGUGUACCAACAGGAGUGGUAUUGAGUGGAUUGGAAAAUGUAUGUACAGAAAAAAUAUUCACUUUAUCGUGUGUGAUAGCUGAUCAUGAUUCUAUUUGUAAAAAGGAAAUGGUCUUAGGAAAGUAAGGGAAGAAGAUGAACUGAACCUCCUAUGUUCUUUGUAUUUUUUUUGUAAUAUUGUUCAAUUAUUCUAAUCCUGUUUAUUCUUUGUCUGUA